AUGUACCUCAAGAACUGCAUUGUAGAGCCUGGCAGAAGAAAGCAGCUCCACAGUGACUUUGAUGGUUCUGCAGUAUCGGGAUCAGUCGUGACAGGGGUGGUUGGUCAGAAUAUCCUCGUGCCCUGCUCUUACCCUGUUACAAGGGACACGGACAUCACAACGAUGUGCUGGGGCCGUGGCCGCUGCCCUUCUUCAAAAUGUUCACAAACCAUUAUCUGGACAGAUGGACGGCAGGUGACACAGCGGGGCUCCAAGAGGUACCAGCUAAGGGGGAACCUGCUGCAGGGAGACGUGUCCCUCACAAUAGUGGACGCCAAGGAAGCGGAUAGCGGGAUGUACUGCUGCCGUGUGGAGAUCCCAGGGUUGUUCAACGAUCAGAUAAUUAACCAGAGGGUUGUGGUUCACAAAGCUAGGAUCACUACUCCAAGUCCUCACACUCACACCUCUGAACAGACCUCAGCUCCUGGGACUGCCACUGACUCAUCCCUUACCGUCACAGUGACAUGGCCCCUUGAGUCUCUCUCAGAAGAUCCUCAGACUGUCUACGAUCCCUCUUUAAUCACCAGUUUCUUCUCAGACUGGUCAGAUAUAACCACAGACUUGCAGAAUGUGUCUGUAUCAGCUCACAGUGCACAAUAUUCAGGAAAAGGAACAUACAUUGGGAUUGGCAUAUCUGUGGUGCUUCUUGUCAUCCUUAUUUUGGCUCUGUUUCUCAGUAGACACUAUUUACACAAUACGAAGAAGCUGAGUAACUUUCCAAACUCUGUCAUAUUUUGGAGAUCAGAACGUGCAGGGAGUCAAAAUGGCCUGGAAGUCGAGGUGCAUGCAGAGGAAAACAUUUAUACAAUACAUUAAGGAAUGCACUCAUAUUUGCUUUUUUCAUCACCAGGACAUUAGUUUGCAAAAUGUUAG